CUUUUAGUGGCUUUGUGUAUACCUGCAUGUGAUGGUAUUUCUUAAAUGCGACAAGGAGAUCUAGCCAGAUCCAAUACUGCAGUGGCUGUCAGGUACAAUUCCAGAUCCUGACCGCGCCGUGUCGGCACUCGCCACUUUGUCAUUGCCAAUGGUUUACAGCAUUCUAUCAUCUACCUUCGUCUGAGUAGCCCAAGCCCUUCGACGCACAUAAAGGCCGCACCUGUCGCCAGACCUUCGGAAAAGAAAGGCAGAAAGAUGCCUCUACCUUCCUCGUCACCUUCCUCUUCCCAGAAUACGAAGCGCAAGCAAUCGACGCUAGCUAGCUUCUUCACCAGAAAAUCGCAACCCCUACAGCACGGUUCGGCCAACAAUCUCGAUAGACAGACGAAAUUUGCUGAGAACAGCUCGGAGGAGCCGAUAGCCCGUGAAAAGCCACAACACCAGCGAGAUGAGCUGGCUCACGACAGGAAAGGCGACGAUGAUGAUGACGACGACGAAAUUGUGGCACCGGCUCCCAAACGAAGCAAGUUGAACGGAUCCCACUCUCAGGGAAAUGGCUUGCAGACAAGCUCUUCCGCUGUGAAAGAGCAUAUUCCAGUUUCACAAAGUAGCCAACGAACGGAUCUUUCCAGGUUCGCUAGCUCACCUGCUGCUGAAACUGGAGCCAAAACCAAGGGCCGCCCGGAACAUGAUCCCUCAGAAGCGAAACAGAGGCAAAAGGAGAUGGAGGAGUUACAUCAAAAAUUCGUGCGCAGACUUGGUGGUGCGGAUUGCUUGAUAGGCAUCAACAGACAUGCUGCUGCUGCGACCGAGGUCGCCUCCACUGAGGAUAUCGCCUACGGAGAAGAAGAUGAGGAUCCAAUGCCGCCCUUUAAAAGCAAGGCUGGUGGCAAGAAGGGGGCUAGUAAGCUCACGCCAAUGGAGAGACAGGUCAUAGACAUUAAGCGCAAGCAUAAAGAUGCAGUUUUGGUGGUGGAGGUCGGUUACAAAUUCCGAUUUUUCGGCGAAGAUGCAAGGAUCGCAGCUAAAGAGUUGUCGAUUGUUUGCAUCCCAGGAAAGCUGCGAUUUGAUGAACAUCCUUCAGAAGCACACCUCGAUCGAUUUGCAUCCGCCAGCAUACCGAUUCAUCGACUUCAUGUGCAUGUUAAACGCUUGGUUGCUGCUGGUCAUAAGGUUGGGAUUGUGAGGCAGAUCGAAACGGCCGCUCUAAAAGCCGCUGGUGACAACCGCAAUGCACCGUUCGAACGCAGACUCACGAGUCUGUAUACCAAAGGUACCUACAUCGACGACAUCGAAGGACUAGAAGGGCCAAUGCCUGCAGAAACUGGUGGCACAUCUCCGGCAACAGGGUACUUGCUUUGUAUCACAGAGACGAAUGCGAAAGGCUGGGGCAAUGAUGAGAAAGUCCAGGUAGGCAUUGUCGCUGUACAGCCUGCGACAGGAGACAUCAUAUAUGAUGAUUUCGAAGACGGAUUCAUGAGGACCGAAAUUGAAACCAGGUUACUUCACAUUGCACCAUGUGAAUUAUUAAUCGUGGGGGAACUUUCGAAAGCUACGGAGAAGCUGGUCCAGCAUCUUUCAGGUAGCAAGCUGAAUGUUUUCGGUGAUAAAACUCGUGUGGAAAGGGCCCCCAAGCCGAAAACUGCCGCGGCUGAGUCUCAUAGUCAUGUUUCGAGUUUCUAUGCGGGAAAGAUGAAGGCAGCCAGUGCUGAAGACGAUGCGCAGGCGAGUAGCCUUCUUCAAAAGGUGGUGAAUCUACCUGAGCAGAUAACUAUCUGCUUGUCCGCCAUGAUAACUCAUAUGAAAGAGUAUGGUCUGGAGUAUGUCUUCGAGUUGACCAAGUAUUUUCAACAUUUUUCCUCUCGAUCGCACAUGCUUCUGAAUGGAAACACCCUUAUGAGUCUUGAGAUUUACCAGAACCAAACCGAUCAUACCACCAAAGGCAGUCUCUUCUGGACCCUUGACCGAACGCAAACCCGGUUUGGACAGAGAUUGCUCCGGAAGUGGGUCGGACGCCCUUUGUUGGACAAGACAGCCCUUGAAGCGAGAGUCGAUGCCGUCGAAGAGUUGCAGAGCGCGGGAAGGACCGUCAUGGUCGAGCGGCUUAAGAGCUUGUUUGCUAAGAUCAAGAGUGAUUUGGAGAAGAGCCUGAUCAGGAUUUACUACGGAAAGUGCACUCGGCCCGAGCUUCUCACAGUACUACAAACCAUUCAAAUGAUUGCACAGGAAUUUACGGAUGUCAAGACCCCUGCAGAUACUGGAUUCGAGUCCACUAUGAUAGGUGGAGCAAUCGCCUCUCUUCCCACGAUUCUGGAUGACGUUGUGUCAUUCUUGGACAAGAUUAACAUGCACGCGGCGAGGAAUGACGACAAGUAUGCCUUUUUCCGAGAAGCUGAAGAAACUGAAGAUAUCAGUGACCAUAAAUUGGGAAUUGCAAGCGUUGAGCACGACUUACAGGAACAUCGCUCCGUUGCAGGUGAAAAGCUCGGGAAAUCUACGGUGGACUACAAGUCUGUUGCGGGCAUUGACUAUCUCAUUGAAGUUGACAACAGCUCUCCCUUCAUCAAAAAGGUACCUGCGUCAUGGGCGAAGAUUAGCGGUACUAAGAAAGUGUCGAGAUUUCACACGCCCGAGGUUGUUCAGCUCAUUCGACAACGUGAUCAGCACAAGGAGGCGCUGGCUGCAGCUUGCGAUAGAGCCUUCCGUGCCCUGCUUGCAGAAAUAGCCACCAAAUAUCAAGUCUUCCGUGACUGUGUACAAGCAUUAGCCACAUUGGAUUGCUUGAUAUCACUGGCUACCAUCGCAGGUCAACCUGGGUAUGUGAAGCCUCAAUAUACGGAUAGCACAUGCAUCAGUGUGGAACAGGGUCGUCAUCCUAUGGUCGAGCAGCUUCUGCUGGACAGCUACGUGCCAAAUGACAUCAACCUGGAGAGUGACAAGACUCGUGCUCUCCUCGUAACUGGUCCCAACAUGGGGGGUAAAUCUAGCUAUGUGCGACAGGUUGCCCUUAUCGCCAUCAUGGGUCAGAUCGGCUCGUAUGUGCCUGCGCAGUCUGCAAAGCUCGGCAUGUUAGACGCUGUGUUCACCCGCAUGGGUGCCUUUGACAAUAUGCUAGCAGGAGAGUCCACCUUCAUGGUUGAGCUCUCUGAAACAGCGGAUAUACUCAAACAGGCUACGCCUCGCUCGCUCGUCAUUCUGGAUGAGUUGGGCCGAGGCACGUCCACCCAUGACGGUGUCGCAAUUGCCCAAGCGGUUCUGGACUAUAUGGUUCGAUCUAUCAAAAGCCUCACGCUAUUCAUCACACACUAUCAGCACCUUUCCUCAACGACACAUUCGUUCCCCAACAAUGAGCUACGAAACGUCCACAUGCACUUUACCGAAUCAGGGACCGGUCAGGAUGAAGAGAUCACAUUCUUGUAUGAAGUGAGGGGAGGAGUCGCACAUCGCAGUUAUGGGCUCAACGUGGCGCGAUUGGCAAACCUUCCGGGUCCGCUCUUGGAGCAAGCGCGUCAGAAGAGUAAAGAAUUGGAAGAGAAGAUCCGUCGCCGAAAACUAGCAGGUCUUGUUUCAGCGGUCGGAAGGACUGUUGGGGGCUCAAACGACGGAGACGAUGAGGGGCUCAUGGAACGACUUAUCAGCAGCGCGGAGCAGCUGUAGAUGAUAUCACUUAUCGCAGCAUUGUUUUGAUAUUUCGCUUAUGACAUUCGAUGCAGGACGCAACUUGAGAUCGAGACGGCCAAUGUGUAUAGACAACUAUCAGGUUUUUGAACUAUGUAACUCUACG